AGUUAUGAAAUAAAGGAAUGUACGCUGAAUAUAAAAAUGAAUAUACUACUAUUAUUGUGUUUUAUUUUUAUCGUUAUUUAUUCGUGUGUUUCGUGGUUAUUGCCAGCUUUGCUGUCAUGGCUUUUUAAAAGAAAGUAUCACAUAAAACUAAAGAUUGGUAGAAUAGCUGUGCCAAAAUUGAUUUUGCGUGAUGUAAGCCUGUCAAAAGAUGGCUACUCAAUACACAUUGAAGAGGUAUCAUUCAGAAGCAGUUUUUUUAACUCUGAAAUUAACAAAUUACUAUCUGUGGUGAUAAAGAACCUAGAAUUAACAAACAAUGCUGAAGAAAAGAGAAGUGCUGUGGUUGAAACUAUUUUGAAGCCUUUACUCUCUAAACAAAAUUCAAACAUCAGGUCAGAUGUGCUUGAUAAUGAAGCAAAUAACUUCAGUUUAAAUAGAGAUUUAGCUGCUAUGGGAAAACAAAAGUUAUUGGAUUUCAGGAACAAGAAACUACCUCCAAGUCUGAUAAUGUUUGCACAGUUCAUGGGGGUCCACAUAUUUAACGCCACUGUAACAAUAAACGACACUGCUAAUAACGCUUGGUCUCUCCACGCCUCAGCAUCAGAACUCCAUGCGGAUGGCGCGGCGGGCGGGCCUGCAAGAGCUUUAGUAUUCUCCGCCAAUAUAGUAGACGCUACAUCGAAGAUCGUGAGUGAUAAAAAAUGCCUCGCUGAGGCGUCUUGCAGUGUACUUAUAGAGGGGACUGUGAAAGCUGAUGGACCUCUGAAUGUUGAGAAAAUUCACAUAGUGGUUAGCAAUCCCACAGUAUGUGUGCUUGAUGAGCUGUAUAGUUUCUUGCAGAAGAAUAAAAAGAGAAAACGUAAAUCUAUGGGAUACUUUCAAGAAGAUCAUUAUAUUACAAUUCUACCGAGACUCUCGCCUGCUAUACCAAAGAUAUUUAGUUUAAAAAUCGAUACAACGAAAAUUACUUGCGUGGACAAUAUCACACGGACAAGCUUUGAGACAUCUGUGCAAAGCUUACAGGUGAACUCAAGAUUUAGCGCCGCCUCCGUGGUUGUAGGCCCCACUGGGGCAGAAGUCGUAGGCCUACCUCAAGUGUAUGUGGCUUUCCAGAUGGACCAAGUGCAACUGAUUGCGAGCGAUGAGACGCUGAUGUUUCUUAACAAACUGAAGUUGGAUGCUAAGCUCGAGAAAGGUGUCCUGAACUUAUACCUCAUAAUCAGCACGCUAAAUUUGACGUACAACCAUAGCAACGCCUUCCACUGGUACUCAGCUUGGCAGCGGAUGCAGAAAUCCAAACCGUUGCAAGUUAUUGAACCAACUGGAAGUGCAUGGAACACAGAUUCUUGGUGGGCCCGCAUCGCUUGCAGUUGCGCAGUGCAAGGUUGCGCGGAGUUGCGCGGCGUAGUACUGCGUGCUGUACGCUCCAACGCGCCGGAACAUUCCGCCACAUCGCUGUCGGCGGGCUGCAGCGGGUUGAAGGUCAAAUUGGACCAGUUACUGGAUACCAGAGACGAACCAUACCAGUGGGUGGUCGCUCAACUAGUGGUAGGAUCCCGCCACUGGAGUGCAGAGCUGUUAGUGGACGGCGGAUGGGUCAGAUGUGGUAGCGGUAGUGGCAGUGGAAGAGAACCGCCGCCACGACGUCACCACUCGUGGGGCUCUGCUUUAUUGGCUGUUGCGUUAGUCAAAUGGGGCACACAUGGGCCAAGAGAUUCCAAGAUUGAAGCAAUGAUGGAUUGCCUCCGUCUCGAGUGGAGUACUGCAAUCGCGGAAACCGUGAUAUCGUUUGUGGAUUGCCUAAACGACUACAAAACUACCUCAUCCGUAAAACCUCAAGAAAAUGCUCCUGAAUCGUUAUGCAGUAUCGCAGUUAAUGUAGCAUUGUCUCAUAUUAAUAUGUUCUUUAUAAUUAAUGAUAAGAUGUGUAUCAUGACAAGGGUGGAUGCUGUGACCUUGGAAAAGACAAUGGUUAAAACUGGCGCAGUGGUAUCCGGCUUAAAGAUGGUGGAAAUUGUGCCUUAUCAAGGUAACGUGCAUUGCCAAAGAUCGGAUGAACUGCUCACUACAUUUUUCCACGUAAAAUUAGCAAGGAUUGAGCACGUGCCUUCAAAAGAAAGGAACUCAGUUUUACUCGACUUUCAAUUCCUGGAGAAUGUAAUUUUCCAAUGGAGCGCUAACUUGCAUUUGAAAAUACUCACUUUUGUUAGAGCCGUCAAGAGUUUUAGGGAAGAAUUUAGAGUCAAAAGACAGAGUUACAAUGAUACAGGUAGCGUGAGUAAGAGUAAGAGAGCAAUAGAUUGGAGGGUUUCGUUCAAAAGUGAAACGAAUCUCAGUCUUAUUUUGUCCGAUGAAAAUAACAUGCUGUUUACUACCGAUGACAUGACAGUAGCCUACGACCACGAAGCCGGUCUGUCGAUACUGUGGAGUCAGUUGAGGAUGGUGUUAAACGGAGAUGAGAUUAUCAACGUGGAGGGAUACUCGAUGGAGCGCGCUAUUGAUGAUCCAGACAUCAGAGUUGAAAGAAAGGCGAACGAAGGAUUUGUACUCCCUUGGAACAAAGUUUGGGCUGUGAACAUAGGUUUGGUACGCGUAAUAUUCCCAUACAAGCACCGAUGGGCGGAAGCUGUGCAGGGCGACUUCGUCUCACUUUUUAAAUGGAUUAAAAUAAUUCACGGCAUCAAGAAGAAACCAUUCACUUCGGACAGUCCAUUACCCAGUGAUUUACAUAUUAAGAUUGAUGAAAUAGUCAUCGAAAUGAGCGACGAUCCUUUCGAAGUGAAGCUAAGAGACAACUACGAGCUUUUAGAAGACGAAUAUAAAGAGAGCGAGAAACGACGAAUUAUGCUGGAUGCUAAGGUGCAGGAGCUGUGCAAGCCGCACUUGUUCCUGCCGGCGGGCAAGGUGGAGGAGCUGUACGCGGCGUUGCGGCAGAAGGACGUGCAGAUCUACGUGCAGCGAUGCCGCGCCGCGCCGCCGCCGCGCACGCGCCUCGUGGCGUGCUGCGUGUCGGCGCUGCGCGUGGUGGCGCUGGCCGACCCCAGCCUGCACGGCGCCGCCCGCGCCGCCGCCCGCCUGCGCGACAUCGACUGCGACACCCCGUGGCCGGAGGACGGCAUCGAGUUCACGACGCUGUGGUGCCGCUCGGUAAGCGUGAGCUGCGCGCUGUGGCAACUGCGCCUGCGCGACUUCCCGCAGCCGCUCCUCAGCAUGAGCGAGCUGAGGCUGUGGGGCACGCUGAUGGCUGCUGAGGAACAGCCCCCUGCGAGAGCGGUUCGAACCGUCACGAUCGAGCAGGGAGAGCCGUGGGGCCAGUUCGAGUUGGAGCGUAGCAUGAUGCCGCUCAAGUGGUACUACGACUUGUGCUGCGAGAUGACGGAGUACAGCUACGCGUUCGGCCCUUGUUGGGAGCCUGUGAUUGCGCAUUGCAAUUUGGCUUUCGACCAAGUAUCUCGUCCAUCGUUAGAUCCAUCUGCCCCCCUAGCGUGGUGGGACAAAGUAAGGCUCUUGUUCCACGGGCGACUAACAGUGAAUUGCUCGAAGUUCACAUGCCUACUGCACGUUUCCCUGGACCCCUACAACACAACAGAGGAAAUGGAAGUCACGUGGAGUGACCUCGUCCUUGAUUGGACUAAUGGCAAACUCGGUUUCCUGGGCGAGCUGAAGGUAUUUGUACGCACCGCGAGCAAAUAUGACGAUUGUCGCGUGCUACGCGUACCUAUGUUGCGUUUGGCUGUGAAGUUAGGCUGGCAGUGCGUGGGUGACCCACGCGAUCACCACGCAGUCGCGCCUUGUGCGCCGACACGCCUUCCAGAGUAUUCCAGCAACCAGGAGCACGACUCGUACAGGGCGUUCCGUUCGCAAGGUCUGGAUUUACAUUUGAGUAUGGACACCAAACCUAUAGACGGAGAUGGUCCGGUUCUUCUUUUGUACGGAAGCACACUAAGGUGGUUUGAAAGUCUAAAGCUGAUCCUAUCAGGCACGACGCGACCAACGCGUCGCGGUCGUGUCUUCAGGAACCUGCGUCCGCGGAAACCGCAGCUGUCGCGACACUAUCGUAACGUCGCAGUGUCCCUUACUCUCCACAACUUGCAGGUAUUUUACUGGUCCUCGUCGUCAAUGCAACGCGGAAUCGAAAUGCUAGGCGUGCGUGUGACCUGCGGAUCGCGUCACUGCCUGUCGCUCGUGCAAGGCUCCGACUCGCUAAUCCGGCGCGCUCGCGCAGUGUGGGCCACGCUUUACAUGAACUGCGAUCUCAACGACGCCGAGAUCUGGUUGAAGACGCCUGCGCAACGGGAUUCUUAUGAAGACAAGUAUAGUGAUGAGAACUCCAUGCUGAACCCUCCGGCGAUGGAGAAGUGUUACUGCCUGUCGGUGCGCCGCGUGUCGUACGGGCGCGAGGCGGGCGGCGCGGGCGCGGCGCCGGCGCCCACGCACCGCCUGGCCGUACACGACCUUCGCGGGGCGUGGACCAAACUCAACCGGGACUUGGCGUUCGCGCUCAUCGACACCUACAUCAAAACACAGCAACUUAAGAAGAAUUUGUCGACGAAAGCCUUAAAAGAGGAAGAGAAGCCAACAACAUCUCCAAAGCAUCAACGGGAAUCUGAUGUAGUUUCACCACCUCCAGCGCCGUCGCAGGGCUGCAGCGGCGGCAACAGUAGCGGGGGCGGGGCGCACAUGCUGGCGGCGCUCGUGGCGGAGGCGGGCGAGGCGGGCGGCGACGCGCCCGUGGUGUUCAGCGACGAGCUCGCCGGCGCGGAGGCCGACGCGCCGCCCGCGCACCCUUCGCACUCCCACUUGCGCCACGUGCUGGACGACGACAACUCGCACACCGCAUGUCUUAUCGAACUGGUGAACUCGCAAGUGGUGCUCAAGGGGUGUGAAACGCGCGGCUACGUGAUACUGUGUGCGGCGCGUGCGGAAGUGCGGCAAAGGGUGCGGCGCGCGCCCGCAGCUACGGCGUGGAGCGGUGCGUUGUCCGCUAUGCAGUACUACGCCACCGUCAGUGCGGCGGACCGCGACCAGCUGGACGAAAACAUCCAGUGGGUGUCAGUGGAAGAGAUUGAGGAGCGUUGGCAGGGAGCAGAGAUUAGCACACUGCCAGACGUGCCACGGCUGGUUGGCAGCGGCCAUUCCGCUGGCGGGGUUAUUGGACGCACUGUGGGUCCGUCGGCUGACGCGGGCUUGGCUCAACUGCAACGCAUAGUGUCGCGUUGUGCGUGCGAGUUCUACUACGUGUCGCACGAGGAGAACGAGACGAGCGGCGGCGGCGCGGGCGGGUGGGGCGCGGCGCCAGAGCCCUACGACUCCUUCACUCUCAUGCAUCACGACCUGGACGUCUGCACCAACUCCCUGCAGUACGCAAUGCUGCUCGACGUCGUCAACAACGUGGUGCUGCACGUGGAGCCGGAGCGGCGCCGCACGCUGGAGCGACGCGCGCGCAUGCGCUUCCAGCUGCAACUGCACCGCGACACCGACCCCCGCCACCUCAUACACAAGCUGCAGACGCAGGUCAGAGAAUCUCUAACGCGACUUCGGCGUUUAGAAAAAGAGUAUUACCUCAAGAAUCGAUCAAUUAACGGUAACGACCCCGUUGCGUUGGCUGAACUAAAGUCUCUUGAUAAUCAGGUGAAUGAAUGCAAAGAAGCGGCGUGGUCUCUAGGCGAGGAACUAGACGCCAUGGUCCGAGCGUGGCGCGAAGUGAGAUGCGUGGCCGCCGCCCCCGCGCCCCGCGCACAUUACGCCCCCCCGCACCGGUACAACGAGAUCUGCUUCAAGUCUGCUCGGUGGAGACUGACUGAUGCGGACGGACAACUGGGCAUCGCUGAUCUGCUACUCACAAACUUCUUGUACACCAAAACCUCUCGUUCGGAUGACUCUGUGGAGCAUCAGCUGGAAGUGGGAUAUGUGCGAGUCACCAACUUGCUGCCAAAUGAACCUUUCCCCGAGGUACUUGCGCCACAAGCCGCGUCGGGCCGGGCGCCAGUGGCUCGCCGCGCGGCGUUGCGCGUGUUUUGCCGCGACCGCCCGCCUGUCGGUGGAAUCUCUGUCAAGGAACACUUCGAGGUCAACAUUGUUCCCAUUCGGAUAGGUCUAACAAAGAAGUUCUUCAACACGAUGCUGAAGUUCUGCUUUCCCGAGCGAGAUCCCGACGCCAUAGAGGAGGGGGACGAAGAGGGUGAAGGUUCCACCUCCACACUGCGCACAAGUUCCAGCGGUUCCAAGAAGGCGAAGAAGAAGGGCAAGGACUCCAACUCUAACUUCUACGUCAAGAGGGACAAGAAGGACAAAGAUGAUGUUGAGAAAAUGAAGGAGCGAGCAGAGAAGAACAAGCUGUUUAUUUACAUCAAAAUCCCGGAAGUGCCGGUGCGAGUGUCGUACAAGGGCAGCAAAGAGAAGAACCUGGAGGAUGUGCGAGAUCUGCCGCUCGUGCUGCCGACCCUGGAGUACCACAACGUCACCUGGACGUGGCUCGACCUGCUGCUGGCUACCAAGAGUGAUACGAGAAGGGUGAUAGUGUCGCAGGCUAUACGACAGAAACUCCAGCUGCACAGACGCGCCGCCGCCGCCCCGGAGCCUCUGGAAGAGGACAAAGCACGGCUACUGCUGGGCGACCGCACUGUGGCGGAAAACAAACCUCAAAAGAAGAGCACUCCAAGCGUGUUUAAGUUUUCCAAAUCGUAGCGUAUGUUGAGAAAGUUUUGUGUCCAAGCGAAACUGAACCAAAAGGAAUCUUAAUAAGAAAAUCUUUCCUAUUAUAAAGCACGGAUUAAAAGAAAAAGAUAGACGGGUCAAGAACAAAAGUUUUAAAAUAAUAGUAAUAUCUCUGCUUACCAAAAACGUAUACAUCACGGUGACGGUGAGUGUUGUUGAAGGAAGUGGAAGGUCGCGGUUUCGAAAUUUGGGAAUUUAAAUUUUGGUCUCGUGGAAAGCUGUGACUAAUUACCACCAAGUACUGACAAAGACGUGCCGCUAAACGAUUAAGCGUUUCGGUGCGGUGUCGCGUGGAAGCCGAUUAGGGUUGGCCCGUUACCAUCUAAUACUGCAUCAUCUUACUUACCAACAGGUGAGUUUGCAUACAAGGGUUAACAUCUACGGGAAUAAAAUAAAAGAUUUACUAGUGUGAACACCUUUCUUGUGCGAUAGUUUAAACUAUUGCAAGAGGCAGUGUCUUCCCUCUAACUAUGAUUAACGUUUUACAAUUAACGUACAAAAUUAAAUCCAGGAAACAUAAAUAAAUGAGAAGUACUUAUUAUUUGAAGUAAAAAAAUGGAGCUAAAAACAUCCAGGUACAGAAUUUUUUUAAGGGCAAUAACGUAUUACAUUUUCGUCUUAUUGGCACAGAAUUAAGACCAUACAAACCGUGUACACGAUUAAUAUUGAAACAUCAAAAAACCACUCUACUUAAGAAUGGUUUCUCCAACAAAUUGUUUGUAAC